GAAGUGCUCUUAACAGAUCUUAAAUUACAGAGCAAAACAGAGAGAGAGAGAGGUUUUGGACUUUGGGGAUACCAACAUAUACACACAGACUUAUGUAUAUAUAGGCUGCCGGAAUUUUAGAGAGACGGAAAUGGGGACGGCCACCGCAUUGGCGCCGGGGCUGUCGCGGAAGCUGAAGAAGGUAUUGGAGACUCGCACCGAUACCCCCGAUCUGCUUGCUUCACUCAACACUCUCUCCAGCUUUUAUUCCGAGAAUACCCCUCAGACUCGCCGGAAUCUCCGAUCCACUAUUGAGAAGCGUGGCCUCUCUAUCAACGGAGAGUUCCUUGCCGCCUCCGCUUCCGCCCAACAGGCCUUGGAUCGGGUUGAGGAAGAGGUUAAUGCGCUGGCUGAAUGUUGUGAUAAGAUUGCAAAAGCUUUGAGCAAUUGUAAUGCUACCACUGGAGACAUUAUCAGUACCACAGAGAGGCUUAAACAGGAGCUUGAAACCACCACACAGAGGCAAGAGAUAGCAACGUGCUUCCUUCGUGACUAUCAGCUCUCUAAUGAUGAGAUAAAUGCGCUACGGGAGGAAGACCUGAGUGAAAACUUUUUCAAGGCACUUGCUCAUGUUCAUGAAAUACAUGCUAACUGCAAAGUAUUGCUAAGGACACACCACCAGCGUGCUGGUUUGGAGCUUAUGGAUAUGAUGGCUGUCUACCAAGAAGGAGCCUAUGAACGACUAUGCAGGUGGGUCCAAGCUGAAUGUAGGAGACUUGGGGAUGUUGACAAUCCUGAAGUUAGUGAACUCCUAAGAACAGCUGUCCGAUGCCUUAAAGCAAGACCAGUCCUUUUCAAGUACUGUGCAGAAGAGGUAGCCAACAUGAGACAUAAUGCACUGUUCAGAAGAUUUAUUAGUGCCCUCACACGUGGGGGGCCUGGUGGAUUACCUAGGCCAAUUGAAGUUCAUGCUCACGACCCUUUAAGAUAUGUCGGUGACAUGCUGGGAUGGCUGCAUCAGGCCUUAGCAUCUGAAAGAGAACUUGUCCUUGCAUUGCUUGAUCCUGAUUCAACAGCAGAUACUGGACCCAUUGCUCAAAGAUUCUCCAAAAUCUCGGAAAGUGAUGUGGGAAAGACAGAAUCAGACUUCACAUUUGUUCUAGACAGGAUUUUUGAAGGAGUUUGUCGGCCAUUUAAAGUGAGAGUUGAACAAGUUUUGCAAUCGCAGCCUAACCUUAUAAUUUCAUAUAAGCUUAGUAACACACUGGAGUUCUACAGCCACACUAUAUCCGAUCUGCUCGGGAGGGAAACAGCUCUGUGUAAUACGCUUUGGGCUCUCAAGGAUGCUGCUCAGAAAACCUUCUUUGAUAUACUAAAAACUCGGGGAGAGAAGCUAUUGCGAUAUCCUCCCCUAGUUGCUGUUGAUCUUUCUCCGCCUCCAGCACUAAGGGAAGGUGUCUCUGUGCUUCUUGAAAUAAUCGAAACAUAUGACAGUAUGAUGGUUCCUGCGUCAGGCAAGAAGCCCGCAUUUGAACCUGUCAUAUCUGCUUUGCUAGAUCCUAUUAUUCAGAUGUGUGAACAAGCGGCAGAGGCACACAAGUCCAAGGGAGUAAUUCAGUCAUCAAGAAGAAGUAGAGUUAGUUCAGACCCAGGUCAAGCCCGCAGAUCAUCUAUAGACGCUAUUUUGGAUAAUAGCAGUUCAGCCCCUUCGUCUCAGAUCCGUGAAACACCUUCUCGGAUAUUUCUGAUCAACUGUUUGUGCGCGAUCCGACAACCAUUGUUAGGACAUGAGGUUGCAUCAGAAUAUGUGAAGAAGCUCGGAUCAAUGAUAGAAAGCCAUAUUCAUGGUCUUGUCGAAAAAGAAGUUGAUGCUAUUCUGCAAAAAUGUGGGUUGUCCAACAAAAUGUCUCACUUCUUUGAUUCUCAAAACGAUGUUGUAGCUGGGGAAUCUGUCUCCAAGCCACCUCUCGCUGAGAGGGAAGAUAUGGCUCCUGCUGCUCUGUCAGAGUGUCUAAAGGCCUUCUUUGGGCUUAUUUUGGGUAGUGAAAACUCUCUGCCCGAGUUCGAGCAGAUGCAGGUCCCAAGUCUGCGCUCGGAAGCUUGCAUUCAGUUGGCUAGGUCUCUUGCCCAAGCAUACGAAGUCAUUUACAAGGGAAUUAUGGAUCCAAAGAACGGCUACCCGGAUCCCAGGUCACUGGCUAGACAUCCUCCUGAUCAGAUAAGAACCAUUUUGGGGAUUUAAAACUGCUGAAUGCCCCUUUUUCUGCUUGUUUGGUUUAUAUAUUCGUCCCAAUCUUUUCUCUUUGUUUUUGGUAAUCCCUUCUUCAUCUGAGAUUUGUAUACAGAACCUGAGUAGAGACACUACAAUUUGUGGAACUUUUAGACAUUACGAUAAUUUGUACACUUAACAUUUCUAAUUCUGGAUCUUCGGAUACUUCCCCCAA